AGAGAGAGAACAUCUACACUCUAUCCCGCACACUCCCUUAAACACUCAUUUCAUUGUCCCAAAGCCUGGAAAGAGGGAUUUACAGGACAGUUCUCCUCCUGUCUGAAACCUCAUGUUAAACAACGGAUUUAGCUGUUGUGUUGCCUUUAAACCGGCUGAUUUCCAUAAUCCCGAACGGGUAGUCUGCGUUGGGGUCUACGCCGAUUUUGACUGACCGACACCUGCACACUCUCUAUCUCUCCUUUCCUCUCUUUUGUCUCUGACAUCUCUGCAGCUCACAGCCAGCAGCGCUGGAGGAGGAGGAGCAGCGGGGUGUACCUGACACCUACAGCCGCGCGUCGCAGCUCUCUUCCCCCGCAGAAACACCCAGCAGGACUUGCUGGGUGCGUCCUUCUAUCACCAGGUUGUGCAGUUUGAAAGGGGAACACUGAUUCUACUGAAAACUCAUACAAUUUUUUUUUUAUUGCAACCAUACAUUAUAGACAGGGGUCUUCGAAGAACUCCUUCUUGAUUUACUCGGACCAGUAAUCUUUAGGAUUUUGUGACUGACUGACUGUAAGAAAGAAAAGGACUACAAUUCAGAAGAUGCGUCCCCCGGUCUUUCUCUGUGUGUUGCUGUGUGUGUCUGCAGCGCCGGGCCCGGUGGCCGGGGCGGACCGGAGCUGCUCCGACCUGCGGCAGUUCUACACCGGGAAAGGGUUCACUCUGGUAGACGUACCUCAGACAGAGAUCUCCGGUGAGCAUUUGAGGAUGUGUCCCCAGAGUCCAACUUGUUGUACCAGCACCAUGGAGGAGAACCUGGGAGGUCUGAGCGCUCGAGAGACCGAGGGACUGAUCAGAGAAGCCGGCAGGUCGCUGCAGUCUGCCUUCAACGCUCUCCACAGGAGCUUCGACACAUAUUUCACUGAGCUGCACGGUCGCUCUGAGCGCUCCCUCCCCGAGGCGCUGUCUCCCCUCGGCGCCCUGUACUCACAGAACACCCGUCUCUACGGAGAUCUCUACACCGACCUGCGACAGUACUACCGAGGCUCCGCUCUCAACCUGGACGAGACCCUAUCUGAGUUCUGGUCCCGCCUCCUGGAGCGCACCUUUAAAAUCUCUGCUCCCACAGAGGUCAACCUGUCAGAGGACUACCUUGAAUGUGUUGCCAAGCAACAGGAGACGCUACGGCCAUUUGGAGACAUCCCAAGGGACAUGAAGGCGAAGCUGAUCCGUGCUUUUGUCACAGCCAGGUCGUUUGUCCAGGGGCUGAUAGUUAGCGGAGAGGUGGUCAGGAAGGUCUCACAGGUUAAUUUGAGUCCAGAGUGUAUGAAGGCCCUGAUGAAGCUGGUUUACUGCCCCCACUGUCAUGGCAUUGCGUCCGUCAAACCCUGCUCCAACUACUGUUCCAACGUCAUGAAGGGCUGUCUGGCCAACCAAGCUGACCUGGACCCCGAGUGGCAGAAUAUUAUAGACACCAUGAUCCAAGUGGCCUCUAGUUUCAGCACGGAGCCCAGUCUCGAUGUGGUUCUCUCCUCUAUCCCUGCUCGAAUCUAUGAGGCUGUUCACUUCCUGCAAGAAAACAUGGACACAUUUACAGCAAAAGUGUACCAGACAUGUGGUACUCCAGGUGAACCAGGAACAGGAAGUCCCAUACUUCAUGAGCAGAGGAAGAAGAGCGGCUCCCUGACCGCAUCAGAGUACAAACCCUCUCCAACCGCUGGGCUCAGACUGGAGAUGCAGGUUUCAGAUCUGUCAAGUAAGCUGAGGGACAUGCGGCAGUACUGGACCCAGCUUCCUGUGGCACUUUGCAGCAAACUGGCAGCAGGAGGCGCCGGUCAGGAUAAAUGCUGGAAUGGCAUUACAAAAGCAAGGUACCUUCCAGAGGUGAUGGGUGAUGGUUUGGCCAAUCAGAUCAAUAACCCAGAAGUAGAGCUUGACAUCACAAAGCCAGACAUGACCAUCAGGCAACAGAUCAUGCAACUCAAAAUCAUGAGCAACAGGCUGAAAAGCGCACUGGAGGGCAAUGAUGUGGACUUUCAGGAUGCAAGUGACGACAUUAGCGGUUCAGGAAGCGGGAUGUGCGUGGGUGGUCUGUGUCCUCGGAACAGACCGGGAUUGUACGCCUACACGCCAGACAACAACCGAGUCAAAGGCACAGCCACGUCUCAAACACGCAUCUGUGGCCUCCUACUCCUGCUCCCAUUGACCAUCCUGCUGCAUCAGCGAUGAUGGACCGCAGCUGCCUCACAUCAGACUCGAAGUCUAGGGGAGGGUUGAACCACACGACGGACAAAAAGGGGUUGGAUGGGGGGCAGGGGGGUGGGGGGCUUGGAAGGUAAAUUUGCCAAAAAAAGGAAAAAGACAUCUUGGGGAACUAAUGGAGGACAUUUUAUUUGACCAAGAGGAGCAAAACUGACAGUGACAAUUUUCUUUAUUUAGUUUUGCUCAGUUUGAAUGUGUCUUAGGUUGGGUGGGAUUCAGUUUGUUGAGCUGGUUUCAAUGGAUUGUUGGAAGAAGACUGAGACGAGGAAGGCAACGAAGACAAAGAGAAUGAUGGCUGUUUAUGAUGAAAAUAAUGAGGGGGAUAUUGAUAAUGAUUUAUUGACACUUUAUCAGAUCCAUUUAGCUCCAGGUUCCAGUCAGCAGGCAGCCCAGCUCAGUGAAAAAAGGUUUGGUUCCCUGAUAUGUACUGCAUUCAACAAUUCUUUUGGAGUCGAGGUUGACCUUAACAAACAUUGUGCAAGUUGUAAAUGUUUGUGUACAGUAGCUAAAAAACUGGCAACAUAUUGAGCCAUGAAUGUACAGUGUAAUACUAUAUUGGCAAUGAAUCUCCCCAUAAUCUGGGAUGUAGUCGUCCAGAUGUUUUGGUGUGUGUUGGCAUAACUAGAUACAUUCAAUAGGAUUUGUUUAAAAUACCGUGGAUAAAUUAUCACACAUUACUGUAUGAGAUGUUGUGAUUGCAAGAUUUAACUGAAUUUUAAUGAACACCCAACUGAAAAGGAAAUGACCACCUUUAGAACAACUCGUCACUUUCUUAAGUUAACAAGCAGUCUCAUCAAAGCUCUUGUAAACAAGCACAGACAAGCAGGUUCCUUCAAUCCUGUAAUUUAUCCUGCAGUGAAGGCAGAAAACUGCACAUUAUUCUGACAAAAUCUCUGCAGAGAACAUUUCAUGACGCAGAAAUUUGGAGAGAGAACUCCUUGUUGAACGCACACCCGCGUUUAGUAACUUUAAACUGAGUCUUAGAAGCAACACAGUGGCUGAUAAACAGUACAGUAGGUCAAACCAAAGCACUUAUUACACUUUUUUUUGCAUUUUUUGACAGCAGACAUCCCCUCGUUUAACAUUUGUGCCCUUUUUGCCAGGUUUUGUAACUGCAUAUUUAAACAAACAAAAAAGCAUCAAUAAUAAUAAUAAGGUCUUGCGCGUACAGUACAGGAUGUGCAGAAUAUUGACAACAUGUAUCCAUUUACCUGGUGAUACAUAAUUUACUCGGCAUGCCUUUCUUUCCGUCUACACUACUAUACUGAUACAUAUGGGACUCCUGAUUCACAUAAGUCUCUUGCACAUACACACAUUUGCACACACUUGGGUUGGGUAUUAAGCUGAUUUGUAUUCAUUAGUGCAUUUAAUCACACUUAAUUCAUUAACGUGGUUUGAUUGUGGCAGUGGAUUUUGCCAUGCACAAUCUUUAGAGCUUUAUUUUAAGUGGCACUCCACCGAUUUUACACAUCAAAAUUGUACAAAGUCCUCUGUGGCUCUGGAUGGAGCUUUCUAAUGUUUGAGAAAAUAAGCCUGUGGAUGUCAUAGGGAUGUCAUCAGCU